AUGCCUGAUUCCGGUCGAAAGUCAGAUGAAAACUGCGUCUUCAUGGGGGUCAGCGGACUACCAGAUGUUACCGGGCACGGCGCAGAAUCCCGUGAAGUUGCAACAUGGUCUAUGGCGUCGCGGCGGGAUGGGCGCAAGACCCUACCAUCAAAUGGCGGGGAAGACGACUCAGAGACUCUCGCAGAGAAUGAAAUAGCAUCUGUCGGACAAGAAACUGCACUUACAGGAGCACCCAAUGCCAUUAGCUUCGGUUCGCCGGCUGCUGCGGCGAAGCGGCGCGCUUUGGAGAACCUAGGACGACAUUGUAUCCCACAAACGGAAAGACAAGGCUUAGACAACAAAACAAGGCCGUACAUAUCCCUUAGGCGAACCGAGUCGAGGAACACCCAGAAAACGUCUUCCAUUUUGAAGCCGGGAGACAGAGUGCUGGAUGUACGUCGGCUCGAUUUCGGACCGACAAAUGGGAGAGGUCGAGGCCGAUCAAGUGCAUCGCGUGAAGUCCCACGCGUCAAAGCUCGUGAGGUUGGGAAUGAAGCCUUAUGGGGCGGAGCAUUUAAAGGACGACCAGACUGGUUGCCUCUGCCUGGUGAGAGAAAGGUCUUCUCUGCACGUUUCUUUGGAUCAUUCGCGCGGUUCGCCAGGUUCUCAGCAAAAGAAGUUCAGCGUUGUUUGCUGGCGUCCUGUUCUUUCGCUUGUGCUGCCAAUUGCACAGAUAGCGCAGUCAACGAGAAGGGGCAGAAGGUAGAUUGGCUUCGACACGCUCUUUAUGGUGUGGGGACAUACGUCGAUGUUGAACGUCUCGCUGCUUACGUGCAGCUCAAAUGUGAGGAUAUCCUGUUGCCGCGCCAGUCCCUGAUAGGAGUAUUUGGCCAGGUGAAAGACCUCAGGGGAGUGCUGGCACAAGAAGGGAUGAAGCCCACAAAUCACUGCGGUGCCAAAGUGAUAAUUUCUCUCAAGGAACAGGUGGAGCCCCUCAGCUGCACACUGAAGAAACACUAA